UUAUACUCGAUUACUAUAUUCGUACUUAAAUUUAUGGCGGACAUUUUAAAUGUAAACAAACAAUCGUUGAGUCGCUAAGCCCAAGAGAGAGAAAACUUUCUUAAGCUGAGCAAGUUUUGUAACCCACAAGAAGGAUGACCGUUGAAGCCCUGAGGGACAUAUUUAUUGAAUGUCAAGAUUCACAGAAUCAGCACCAGCUGGUUAAAGCCUUUAAAAAACUUUACAAUGAAGUGCCCUUUGACACAUUUUGGCCGGAAUUUCUAUACCUGGUGAAGCACCCUUUGACAGUAUAUGACAGACAACCAGCUGUAGAGAAAACAAUUGAGUUCUUGUCCAAAGCUGUUACUGAGCUGGCAAUUGCACAUGCCAACACAACCGGUCAAUCUGCAAAGAAAAAGAAAGAUGACAAAGAAGCACAGAAAGAGGAUGAUGCUUCGGAUGAAGAGGAAGGCGAUAUGCAUCCCCUGCUGAUGAAUUUUUUUGAGUUUCUCCUUGAUGUUCACUGUGCAAAGGAUAAAGGCAUAAGAUUCAGAGUGUGCCAGUUGGUCACCCGAUUGCUUCAGAAUCUUGGUGAAGGAGCCAAAAUUGAUGACAGCUUGUAUGUCAGGAUUUAUCGUUGUAUGGUGGAGCGCCUGAGAGACAAAUUUCCUCUUGUCCGAGUCCAUGCAGUUUUAGCUCUUACAAGACUUCAGGAUCCAUCAGAUGAAAACUGUCCAAUCACCAAAGCCUAUAUCAUUUUGAUGACAAGAGAUCCAAAUGUAGAAGUGAGAAGAAUCAUCCUCACUUGCAUUGCGCCAUCCACAUUCUCUCUUCCUGCCAUCAUUGGACGCACCCGUGAUGUCAAGGACACUGUCCGGCGGACUGCUUACACUGUCAUUGCUGAGAAGAUUCCUCUGAGGGCUUUGAGAAUCGAACAGAGAAUUAGACUCUUGCAAGAUGGUCUCAAUGACAGAUCAGAGAUGGUUAAAGCUGCUUGCUCCAACAAAAUGCUUCAAGCCUGGCUUUGUGCCAGUGAGGGCAAUGUCCUGGAUUUACUGACCAGACUAGAUGUUCAGAGCUCUUCAAAGACUUGUGAAUCAGCACUCAAGAUUCUGUUCAAGAACUCAAGUGUUUUUAAAGUUAUUGAACUGUUUACCAUCAUUGAUGAGAAAGCUCUUGUUCCAGAGGAAAAACUGACGUGUGAAAGUGCCUUCUAUUGGCGCAACGUGGUGCAGUAUGUUCAGCAGGCUGGAAAUGAGUAUGAUGAACAACUGGACAAAGUCAGACCCAACUGUUUGGAUUUUUGUGAUUAUCUGGAAGGAGUAACAAAACAGCUGAUGAACUGCACAGACCUUGACAAAAUGCUCGACAUAGAAUUCAUGAUUCAGCAACUUUUACAGAUCCUCCUGUGCAUGGAUCUGUCUGAUCAAGCAAGCAGGAAAAGGGCAGAGAAACUUUUGAGGAAUCUGUUGCUGUCAGACCAUGUGGGUUCUUCUCUCGUGGAUCACAUCUUACCUUGCCUUGGCCAGCUCCAUACAGACACAGAGGAACUGGUCAACGUUGUAGCUGAGAUCAUCUCUGAGAUCAGGGAGCCCAUCACAUCUGUCGAGAAAGAAAUCUCAAAAGCUGACCGCAGAGAUUUAGAUAAAAAGAUUGCUGGUAUCCGAGUGAAGCUGAACCAGCUGAGGGAAGAACUCGGGGAGUGUAUUGAGAAGCAGGAUUUCGAGAGGGCAGCUCAACUAAAAACUGACAUCUCUAACCUAGAUGCUGAACGAUCCUCUCUAUUGGAAGAGACAGAACCCAAACUGGAGGAAGUACGCACCCAAAGGGAUGACCCUCUCACAAUGUUGAAAUGCAUUACCGUUGUUUGUGAGCUGCUGACUUCACCCAAGAUCAAAACAUUGACAUCUACUCUCCAGAUGCUUAUGGAAGCUCAGGUGUUACCAGGAAUGACCAACGAAGAAGCUGAAGUGAGGAAUGCUGCUGUCAAGGCAAUUGGUCUUUGCUGUCUCAUUAAGAAAGAUGUCAUCAUGCAGCAUUUGCCUCUUCUGUUGCAGGCCACCCAGAUGGACACUCACCUUGUCAGAACUACUGCUAUGCAGUGCAUCUUUGACAUUGUGCAUGUGCAUGGCUUGGACACCUUCAGUGAUGAGGGGAAUGCUUCCAGUCAGGAAACUAACAAGUCUUGUGCAGAGAGUGAAGCUGACCACACAAAUGUCACUGACGCAUCAGAGCUGGCUGACUCUACUGUCGGCUCUGUUAAUGAAACUGCCGAUGAGACAAAGGAUGCAACUGCUGCCAGUGAAAAGACUGGGUGGAGUGAGACAGCCAGUAAAAUCAUUGCCAUCCUAAGUGCAUAUUUAGAUAAUGAGAGUUCAGAGAUUCGUAAUGUGGCUGCGAAGGGGCUGGCCAAACUCCUGUUGUCUGGCAGAGUCAUCUCCCCCAAGCUGGUGUCUCACCUGCUCCUGCUGUGGUACAACCCCAUGGUGGAGGAAGACGAGACGCUGCUCCAGUGUCUGGGCAUUUUCUUCCCGCUGUUUGCCUUCAGCAGCAGCACAAAUCAGGAGGUUAUAGAAGAGGCUUUCCUGCCCACUUUGAAGACUCUUCUUAAGGCACCAUCCACAUCUCCUCUGGCUGAGAUAAACGAGGGCAAUGUGUCCAACUUUCUGGUAGAACUCACUAAUGCCCAGCACUUGGCCAUUAACCAACAGUCUCAAGUGGAGCUGACGGACAACCCUUGUCACGACAGCCUGGCUGUGAAGCUGUGCAAUGAGGUGCUGUCCAAGCCAGACUCUUUCAACGUGAAGCUUUGGCUGAAGGUUCUCAACCAGCUGUUUCUCAGCACUGACAACAUCAUCUUGCUCAAGGAUCUGUGUACCAUGUGUGAGGACAUGGCCAUUGUUAUUACAGAGAAACAGUGUGUGAAACUUUUGGAGAAAUUCAGAGAAAAGGUGAAUGACCUGUAUGACUUCCUGAAAGAGAAAAAUACCCAACCGACAUCAGAAACGGGGAAUGUUGGUUCAAAUGAAGAAAGCUCUCCGACGGCUGAAGGAGAUGACAUUGUCCAAAACAUGUCUGGCCUGAAAAUCAAUGAGGAGACCAGUGGGAACCCAGAAGUAGCUAAUGACGUAACCCCUGUCGUGGCUCCAUCUGCACGGAAGACACGAGGCAAAUCUUUGAAAACCCCAAUGUUGACCAAAUCAACACAAGGUUCCAGGUUAAAAAGUGCCUUAAAAUCUGCCAGCAAAAAGUUGGACUCAAGUGCCCUGGACGACAGUGUUUUUGCCACCCCCGCUCCUCUCAAAGGUUCAAGAUUGGCGUCAGAUGUUGAGGAAGCAAGAGUCAAUUUGGAAAACCUGCUGGUGGAGAGUAACAGCAAAACACCAGGAAGACCUGGGAAAACACCAAAAACUCCUAAAAGGCCGCUGCACAGCAUUCAGGAUCCUGCUUUCACUGGCUGAUGUCUCCUACAACUUGUCCCAUGCUAUUAUUGUUACUUACUAUGUCUAGAUCAUUCAUUCUACUCUUGUACGCGCACUCACUUACAUUUAUUAAAUUGUAACAUUUGGCUCAUUAGAAAAUGGAAUAAAUGCAAUUGUAUGCUUUUAAUGGGAGAUGUACAUGAUACGAGGAAAAUUCUAGGGGUUUGACUUUCUUUCAAUUUUUAAAGGUGAUAUAGGUUGAUUAUCGACUAAUUAGAAGAAUUAGGACGGAAUUUUUAAAGUUUUAUGAAAAAGAUGGUCUCCGUGGCAGACAUCUUGGAUUUUUUGCCAUGUUGCGAGGACAGACGUUUUCCACAGAAAAUACUGGAAUAUAAGCCUCAAACUUGGCACACAAAUACACAAACCUGGUUGAUCGGCUGUGUCCGCCCGGCUGUUUGUUCCGUAAAUUAUUAUUUGAAAUGCGGCAUUUUAGCCCAAUGUUGACCGUCAGAGUGAAUCAGAACAGGAUCUUAUGGGUCACUUUAGUAUAGUAUAUUUCUGUUUUCUUAAAUUAAAACAGAGGGGGAUCGUACACGGAGAGAUCUUAGGCGGAGACUAAAUCAUAAGAUGUAAUCCUCAUUUUUCUACUUACUAACUUUCAAAUUUGAUGACGAUCGUGUAACAAAUAAACUGUCAAGAGCUUUUUUUCAAAUUU